UCUCCUUUCCUCCAAGCACCAACACAAAAAUUGGUCGAGGAACCGGAGCUCUCGGAGAAGUCCGAAGAGGAGAAGGCAUUCCAACUGCAUCUUCUUAAAGACGAAGCGGAGAGGGCUGCGUUGCAUUUGCAAUUAAUUAGGGGCGUGGGACUCAAAAUUUUGGCCAAAUUCAAGGAAGAUGUAAUGCAGUUUCGCACUGACGGAAGGCAAUGGAUCGAGGUGGAAUACGCAAGCUUCCAAAAAUCGAUUGUCAUUCUCAAAGAAUACAUUCAAGGGAGGAUUGAGUCCGGCGAAUCCCUAAAUUGUCGUCUUUUACUUCCCGACAAUGAGCCUUUCUGUGUAUCUCAGGAGGUGGUUUUCGCACCAGAAAGAUUGUUGAAACUGCAUCCAUUCGAUCAAGUCCUUGACGAAACCCCUCGGCCAGAAAACGACUACUUUGACAAUCUGUUGAAACUUGUAGAUUUGGUGAGUCCUCAUUUUGCGGGCGUCUGUUGA